AUGGCUAAAGAAAGAAGUCCAAUUAAGGUUCCAUCUGAAAAUGAAGACUUACCUGACAAAGAAAAUGCUCCAGAUUUUGAUGAGGACACUUUACGAGGUGAGCUAGGUUCAACUCUGGCUUCAGUCACUGUUAAAAUGUUUUCUAUUCUACCAGUUUCAAGAAUGUAAGAAGAUGUGGAGAAUGAUAUUAAUACACUGCAUGACCACCUUAAAGGAUAUUUGGCCAGUCAUGAAUCUCUUCUAUGAUUAAAAUAUGCUGUUGAUUGACUGAGAGGAUCCAUGACAUAUUUGUUAUUUUCUUUUCUCAAAUUUCAAAGCAAGUACACAAAGUUAUAAUAAGUAAAGACUUUAUUUGAUCAUCAUAUAAAGUGGUAGCCAAGUGAAAAAAAGUUGGUCGCCAUUUUCAAAGACAAACAAAACCUUCUUUUAAGCCGUCAGCAUUCUAGAUAGACCCUCCAAAAUUAAGUUUGGGAAAAGAUCUUUAACGUGCUACAAAAUGGACACUAGGAUGGACGAUAUACAACCUUAAAGCUCACUUAAUUCCAAGAUGGCGUCUAAUUAUCGAUUGAGAUGCAUCUGUUGCGUUUUGGAAACAAACUUAACGAGGAAGUUUGCGACGGAUUUAUCUUUGCAAAUCUUUUUAAUUCACUAUAUCUCUUGGUAAGGUUAUGAUGAAACAUUCUAGUCACCAAUUUGGCGACUAAUUUCCAGGAUUUGGUCGCCAAAGUGAAAAAGUUAGUCGCAUUGGCGCCUGUAUUAGGCGCAAUUUUACGCCCUGCAGCAGUAUUACUCCAAGCUUUUCAGGGAAUGGGUCAAGUCAGGCAGGUGCAGAAGUGGCAGCUGGCACUAAAGGAAAAAUCUGCAGAUUUUAAACCUCCAGAUCUUGGCAGCUCUGCUUAUGCACUAAUUAACUACAACCACAGGUAAUUAUUAACUACAACCACAGACUUUGACACAAAUUAUUUUUUAUUUUUUCUUUGCAGCCACAGCUGAUGUUUAUAGAAAUGAGGGUAAUGAGGCCUUCAAGAAAGGAGAUUUCAUCAAUGCUAUUCAUUUUUACACCAAAGGAAUUAAAAUGAACUGCAAUGAGAAAGAACUGAAGGCCAAACUGCACAACAACAGGGCUAUUGCACAUUUUAAACUUGGUAAGAUGAUGAGAGCUUUAAUAUGCAUUUUUUUUUCUAUUUUGAAGCUAUUAAGUUGUCAGUAGUAGUUUUCUGAAAAAGGUGAUAAUUUUGAAUGCAUGCCCGGGAAAAUUUACAUCUUAUCUUGGCCUCUCAAAUAUACGAAGAAGUAACCUCUUACCCCAGAUAUCAAUGAGCAUCACAAGUUUUUCCCAAAAUUAUAGUAAUGGUAGUUGGUUUGCAACAUGUAUGGCUAAUCAGAGAUAUUUAUUUCAAUAACAGGAAAUCACCAGGAUUCACUAAGGGAUGCAGAAGCAGCCAUUGAGUUAAAUCCAACUUUCCUUAAGGCAAUUGUGAGAGGUUAGAUAUGUUAGCUGUGCUAUAAUAAUAAUAACAAAAGAACUCAACACUCUAAGGUUAAAUGAGGUUAAAUGGAGUUCAAUCUUGUCUCAAUUGACUUUAAUUAAGAGGUCAAGACCACCCUGAUGUACAUUGGAAUCCAGCUCUUGACUACUACGCCAUUACUUUCCAUUAAUCAUGAUAAGAAUAUUAUUUUGAACGGGAUGAAGAACCCAAUGCGGAAUGCAAAGCAAAAUUUCAGCAUGAAUAUUUUAGUUACUUAAGUCCAAUGAGUCACAGGUUUCAGAUAUGUCAAGAGCGUGUCCACGAGAGCACCGGGCAGUCGUGCUACAAGCCGUCUCACCGAUUUCAAUGAAACUUUGCAGUUUAAAGGGUCUACCCCAAAACUCAAAGAGACAAACUGGUUUCUGUCUUGGUUCUUCCGGGGGGAGAUAGACCACCCCCGGUUUUUUCUUGGUUUUCACCAAGGAAAUCGCUUCAAAUAGGUAAAAUGUAUGAAGCUCUCAUGGUGAUGGUAUCUAACCGAUUACUUUGAGGAUUUGCACACAUAUUUUUACAUCCUUAGUUAAUGUCUGCUGCGAGUAUCAGUCAGUUUGAUUGACUGCUUGUCAAUCAACAGAGGCAAAUAUACGACUUUGGUUUUAGACUUUUCGAUUCAUCUUUGAGGUCAAAUAUCUCCCGUUGCCAGAAAGCUACAACACUAAUCUUAAUUCCCCUUUAUAACCCAUCAUUUCAUCUCUGAAAAUCAUCAAAAAAAUCUUUGGGCACUACUGUAUUUUUGUCUUGGAUGCCUUUUAAAAUCUGCGACUGGGACAAGUUUCUCUGAACUACACCUGUCACGCAAUUCUUGCUCUAGGCGGUCACUUGACAAAAUAAACCUACAUUUUUUAGCUCUUUAUACAAGAUGAUUGAUCAAGAACGGUGAAAAAUGUGAAAAACUUUCGAGAUUUUUUGUAGGAAUGGAAAAUUUCACGUUUAGAGAGAUGCAUGUAAACGAAAAAUCAAUGGGAAAAUCGUAGCGUUUCUUUCUUCAGUCGUUUAUUACUUUGAAGAUUUGCUAAAAUCAGCAGAUAUGGCUUUUGUACGGCACAAAACAUUUAUUAGUCUAUAAUGUGAUUGUUAAUCAUCAUCAUUGCUCAUUUUAGGAGAUUUUAAAGUCAUGCUGCGUGUUGGUUGAUAUUACUACAUGUUCCAGUGUGCUACAACUUCGGCUUUCACAGACGAGAAAUUCUGCGCUCUCGCUCGAGAGCAAAUAUCAAUAGUUCUAUCGGACUAAAAACUGUGCCUCUAUCCCGAAAAUAAAAUUAAAAUAGUGUUGUCGUUGUCACUUACCUGCUUCGAUCGUAAAAUAUCUGCAUAUUUUUUUCAAGCAUUCUAUUACUACACAUAAAUCUACAUCUCUCUAGAUCGAGUGUUGCCGGCGUUUAAUUGCGUGACUUGUAAAAUUUUUCAAUAAGAAUGAGCCAGCAGUAAUUUGCGGAGUAGCCUUUCUGCAAAUUUCCCUUGAUGAAAUCCCAAGACAUAGCCAGUUGUUUUCGUGAGCAAAGACAACAAAUAUGAAAAAGUGAGAUGCGAAUGUCUUUUUUUUUUUCUUUUUUUUUUUAGCUUAAUAGCAGCUGUACCCUCUCCUGCAGUCUUCGUCUAAAUUUUGCAAGGUCCCUCCUUAUCUUCUGCCUUGUUCGGUCAGUUUCGAAUUCUGAAGCUAGAUCAUUGGCGUCGGCCUCUCCGUCCUCAUUCAUAUUUACAGAGGGGGACCUCAUCAAUGAACCAAUUUUUGUUACGGCAGAUAACCGGCUGAAGUAUCGAGCGAUUUGCUGCUGUAUCAACCGGUCAGUCUUAGACAACAUUUCUGGCUGGUGUCGUCUCUUAAACUCUCUCGAUAUUUGGGAAAUCACAUUAGAGGCGGUUGCCUUGCUAGUUUCCUCCCUUGCCCAGCACACGACUAGGAGAUAAUUCUCUGCUUUCUGAGAAAAGGUGGCUGUUUUUUGUGUUUUCCAAAGAGCCCAUCCAAAGUCCACUUGGCUAGUUAGGGAUUGUUCGUCAGACUUUUUACCUUAGGUCCGACCUCGAACGUAGCCGUCCCCUAUAGAAUGGCAAGCCGGUCUAAGUCCAUUUCCUCUUGAUCUUAUCCUAGGCGGAAUUUUUUUUGUCUUACUGUGUUUGUCUUUGCCAAUGACUGAAACGUCUUGAUACAUCCUUCUUUUAGCAAGAAUAUCUCGCUUUCUUGUUCCGUCUAUGGCGGAUUGGGUAUAGUUCUCGCGAUGACCCGCGUUCGGAAAUCUGUGCACGUUGCUGAUAACCACCCGCUUCUACGAUUAGUUUGCUGAAGGUUUCUAAUGUGAUGAGCCAAGUGAGACCCUGAGGUGCUUCAAACUGUGCCUGUUGGUCUGCGCUAUAAACUUGUCGCAGUUCUUAAGUCAGAGGGAGAAUCGCCCACCUCUACCUAUGUGAGCGCCUCUACAGUACCUGCGUAUCCCUUGCAAUCAUAUGAUAUAAAGUUCAUCUCAGUCACAAAUCACCAGUUAGGAAAACUGAUGUUCAGAUAAGCGCUCUUCUUGCCCUUCUUCCUUAUUCCUUGUCGACUCUAAGAUAGCAGCUACAGUACGCGUUCUAUUUAGGUUUACAGUCACCUUGCCGCCACCAGAAAGACUCGCCACCAGCUUUGAUUUCUUCUACCAUCUGCAGAUUCAUCUCUCUCUCACUUUAUGUCUCCGAUUUUUAUGAGGAGGAUACUAGCAUUUACGAACCCGAAGGUCUGAAUCUCACACCAAGUUGUGCACGAUAUUUGAGGUACAUCGUGAAAUCGCGGCCUUCGUCAUCUCCAAAUAAGCCAAUACGCGCUAGAAUAAGCUCCAUCUCGGACGAAACGCAUGUUUGGGAUACAUCGACGUCUCUCAAAUGUUUUUUUUCUUUAAGCUGUAUACAGGGCGUGAAAUUGCGCCUAAUACAGGCGCCAAUGCGCCUAAAUUUUUCACUUUGGCGACCAAAUCCUGAAAGUAAGUCGCCAAAUUGGCGAUUACAACGUUUCAUCAUAAUCUUACCAAGAGAUAUAGUGAAUUAAAAAGAUUUGCGAAGAUAAAUCCGCGGCAAACUUCCUCGUUAAGUUUGUUUCCAAAAUGUAGCACAUGCAUCUUGAUCGAUAACUAGACGCCAUCUUGGAUUUAGAUGAGCCUGAACGUUGUAUAUCAUCCAUCCUAGUGUCCACUUUGUAGCACGUUAAAGAUCUUUUCCCUAACUUAAUUUUGGAGGGUCUAUCUAGAACGCUGACAGCGUAAAGAAAGAUUUUGUAUGUCUUUGAAAAUGGCGACCAACUUUUUUUGAAUUGUCUACCACUUUGAAGAAUUUAGGAGGCAAGUGGCUAUCAGAAAAAAAAAGUUAAUUUCACGCCCUGUGUAUACCCACGAAUUUAGAGGUAUGAGCUGUUGCCUUCCCUGGCCAGCGCGAGAAAAGUAACAUUUGGUUGUACAGUUAGUUGCAAAUGAACAAGACAACUGCACCAUCUUGACUUUAUCAAUUCGAGAGUUAGAUUGAAUUGAGGGCUUUUUUAGACUCUCGAUUUCUUAUAUGGCAUCACAAUGAAGACGUAAUACAACUGAUACACCUAUAAUACAUAGGAUUAACAAUGUCUGUUGCGCUGUUACGAGAAGGAGGAAAAUAUUACCGGAAGUGUAAACUCUUUCUAAAAAGAGUUUCAGAGACGUUUCAGAGAUGUCUAUCUUUGAUCGGCUGUCACAAAAAAAUGACCCCCACUUAAAUUUACUUGGAAAAAUGAACUUACCAACUCCUUGUUGAAAAAAUUGGAAUACAUUUGUGUGCAAAUCAAGGGUAGACAAAGUCUUUAAAACAUUUGACUAGAAUUUCAUGGAGUUCACCUCGAUAAUUUUCGUCGGCCAGAGUCAAGACGCGCCAAGGUAAGCGACAUCGCCCUCUAGUAAAAUAAUUUUCCAAAGAAUAAACGCGGCGAGCGUGAGGAAACGCACAUUUUUUUCAUCAUUGUGAUCAAAGCCCAAUGAUGUACCUAAAUUGGUACUUACGGUAUCAAACCAUUGAUUAUGACAGGGUGAGCUUAGUUUUUCUGUCGAGGUCGACGUGACUUCACAUUAAAAGCAUUUUUGACGGAACAAACUAGUGAGCAUCACUGCACGAACUGAGAAAGUAAAAACUUGUAUUUAUCUCCCACGCGUUUCGUCUGACAAUAGUAGACUUCAUCAAGGAUUUUUUCAAUUAGGGUAAAUAAGCUUUCUCAUAUACAAAUAAUAAAUAAGUUGUCUCUUUACUACUGAAGUCAGUGGAUACGCCAGGUGCGCCUGAGGUGUUAUACAUGCGUGACAUUUUCCGGACGUUACAAGUACGAGUACGUGAUCCGUUUAAGGGUCACAGAUUUAGUGUAAAUAUUUCACUCCUCAACAUCACCCAAUUUCUCUAGUUUACAGAGGUCUUAGAACGUUUCAUUAUAUGGAGUUGCCUUCUGCGGGUAGAAGACUACAAGCGAAUUUCUCAGGCGUAAUUGCCUUUGAUUUCUCAAUUGAUGUUGUCGCAAACACAGUUUUUGGGAGUCACGAGACAAAAAAACUUAUCAGGACCUAGUUUCAUGUUCUAAGGGAAAUUUGUUGGCAACCGUCUGUCUCGGAAGACAAUGGAAAAGGGAAAUAAAUAGCAAAUAAAAACACAUUUUCUUGAGAAAUAAAGUCACAAAUGACGGGGGUUGUCUGAAACAAAUAGUGAUAGAAAAGGAUUUCAGUUCUGGUCAUUAUUGACUUUUCAUGGCCUACUUCCAAAUCUGAGGGAACGUGCUGAGGGAAUAAAAAAAAUAUAUGUGUGAUAAUGCAAGUAAGAGAAUGAAAAUACAAAUAAAGAAAAAGGAGAAAACAUAGGAACCCGUGUUGCAGCGUGCAGAUAUCUUUUGAACCAGACCUACACACAUAAGCCCGACACCAGCCAGAGAAACUCGAAAGAGUCCUGUAUAUGAACUAGCUCGCACGUGCACGCAGGAAAGGCCAUGACAAUCAGCGAAAAUAAUAGCAAAUGCAGAUGAUAUUUGCAGUCAAAAAGCAGGAAAAUAAGAUAACAGAAAGAUUAGGAACUCUCUAGAAGUGCCUUCUUGAAAAAAAAAGAUGAACAAUUUUUACUUCUCAUAAAAGGUCACGCAGUGACCCUACAAAUACUAUUCCUAUACGUGGAAUUUCUUGAUGGUGGAAAGUGGAAAAAACAUUUUCCAGUCUAAUUUUCUGGAAACAUGGCGUAGUUAAUGAAUUCAUGGGGCUAUUGAUAUUUCCUAACAAAUAAAGGGGGCAGAGUUUCCCGUCAUUCGCGGUAUGGAAUGCCGAAGUUGUUACACUCGGGAACUUGUACGUCAACAAGCAGGCGUGACUUUAAAAUCUCCUCUCCUGUUACAGUUUCCUUAUUGUAAACUGUGCGAUGAUGAUAAUAGACGAUCGAAGUAUAGGCUAAUGAAUUUUUUGUUCUGCACAAGAGCCCUAUGUCCUGAUUUUAGCAAAUCUUCAAAGUAAUAAACGACUGAAGAAAGAAACGCUACGAUUUUCCCAUUGAUCUUCUGUCAACAUGCAUCUCUCGUGAAAUUUUCCAUUCCUACAAAAAAUCUCGAAAGUUUUUCACAGUUUUCACCUUUCUUGACCAAUCAACUUGUAUAAAGAGCUAAAAAAUGUAGGUUUAUUUUGUCAAGUGACCGCCUAGAGCAAGAAUUGCGUGACAGGUGUAGUUCAGAGAAACUUGUCCCAGUCGCAGAUUUUAAAAGGCAUCCAAGACAAAAAUACGGUAGUGCCCAAAGAUUUUUUUGAUGAUUUUCAGAGAUGAAAUGAUGGGUUAUAAAGGGUAAUUAAGAUUAGUGUUGUAGCUUUCUGGCAACGGGAGAUAUAUGACCUCAAAGUUGUCAAAUAUUUAGAUGAAUCGAAAAGUCUAAAACCAAAGUCGUAUAUUUGCCUCUGUUGAUUGACAAGUCGUCAAUCAAACUGACUGAUACUCGCGACGGCCAUUAACUAAGGAUGUAAAAAUAUGUGUGCAAAUUCUCAAAGCAAUCGGUUAAAUACCAUCGCAGUGAAAGCUUCAUACAUUUUACCUAUUUGAAGCGAUUUCCUUAGUGAAAACCAAGAAAAAGCGGGGUGUGGUCUAUCUCCACCCGGAAAAAACCAAAACAGAAACCAGUCUGUUUUUUUGAGUUUUGGGGUAGACCCUUUAAACUGACAAAGUUUCAUUGAAAUCGGUGAGAUGGCAUGUAGCGCGACUACCCGGUGCUCUCGUGGACGCGCUCUUAAGUCACUAUCUAGCUGUUUAAAAAAAAAGGAUCAGGACUUACCUAACUUUUAGUGUUUUUGUGGGAGUUGUUGAUCCCAAUUUAAGUUUUCUUAGAAGUUUCAGUUGUCUGUAAAGCUAAAUAAAUCUAACUGAAAUCUAAUAGGGCCUGCUUAUUCUUUUCCGUUUAGUUUUUUUGUAUUGUUUUGUUUUGUCUUUUUUUUUUCUUCUGCUCUGUAAUGAUUUCAAUGGUUUCAGGUUCUUUUCUCAGAAUUGAGCUCUAUUAACAGUAUGCUUCUUUGUGUUACCCACAGGAGCCACUGCUUGUAUUGAAUUGAAGAGAUUUGAAGAAGCAAUCACUUGGUGUGAUAAGGGACUAGCUGUAUCCUUUGAAGGAAUCUUUCAUUUUUAACCGUGGGUAUAAUGGAAAAAAGUUUCCAGCUCAUAUACUAUCAAGGGAAAAAAAACAAAGAAGGGUAUUAAUUAUGAUGGGAACUUGUCAGCUCAUAUACUUUAAGUGUGUGUGAUUAAAAACAUAUGAAAAGUUAUUACCUCAUAACUUAUUAAUGAAAUUACUCCUUUUAGCCAAUUUGACAUAGUUCUACCAUCCAUGCCAAUAACUGGUACAUUAGUUUAAAUAACCCUUUAAUUUCCCAGACCAAAUUUGUAAUUAUCCUUACUGUCAACCAUACAAUUCUUGUAAUGUUAGUACAGAGAAUUCAGUAUUGCAUCAACUAACUAUUUUUAAAUUGAUAAAUUUUUUUUUACUCUCAACACUUAUCUGAUUGAUAUUGUAUUGCUAUUGUAAGAAGAAAUUCUCUUUUGGUCACUCACGGGAGUUAAAGGGUUAGAAGACUAAUAUUCAUCCAAUUUAUACAUAGUACUUGGGUAGAUGAUCUCUCUAAAACAAGCCAGAACAAAAAGCUCGGUAAUGUUUAUAUAUCUUAAUUAUGCAGAUUUUCUUGCCUUCGACCUUUUUCCACUACUUAGAGACUCAGAAACUUUCGUUGUGCUUUCCUAUGGACAAAUAACAAUUUUAAAGACAUGUAUUUGUGUUGUAGACUCAUUUCUUCCAUUGCUGUAAAACAUUUGUGUGAUGUUAAAGCCAUAUUGAUUUAAAAAUUGAGCAACUGCUGCUCAGUUUUUGGAAACAAGGGAUUAAAUCUCGAUAUUUCGAGUUAAAUUUUGAGGCUGCACACAGAAAAAACAUUUUUUGCAGUGUAGAUUUACUUCAUAACUGACUUUAAGACUGAAUGUUGAUAAAUCAUCUACCUUUCAUGCAAAGCCCUCCUAAUGGGCCAUUUUAUAGUUGUGUACUUAGUUGCCAAGCCUUUGAUUUGGAGUGAGGCUGAAGGUGACCUUGUUGCGAUAGAGACCAGUAUCUAGAAACGAUAAUAACAAAGUAGUUUGCAUUUAAAAGGCAGCAAUGUUUUUAUCAUAACAAGGUCACCCUUAAUCAUCGCUCUUGUUCAGAGGUUUGGGAACCAAGCACGCAAAUGUUAAAAUGGACUAUUACAUAUCAAUAUGAUCAGAAACAUAAUCUUUUUUGUUUUUUCCACAUUUUUAACCCUUAACAUAAAAAAGAUUGACAAAAACAAUAGGAUCUUGUUGUCAUUAAGACUUCAGUCUGUCAGUGAAGUGAGAGAUAAAUCCAUGGAGGAAAAAGAUCCUAUUAGUCAUGACCACGGUAAUGCAAGUUCAGGUGAUGUCAAUCUUGGCAAUGCUUAUGAUUUCAAAAAAGCCAUAGAGUACCACAACCUACAUCUUAAAAAAGCUAAAGAAGUAGGAGACAAGCAUGGAGAGGGUGAGGCUUAUGGCAAUCUUGGCAAUGCUUAUCACCGUCUGGGUGAUUUCAAAAAAGCCAUAGAGUACCACAACCUACAUCUUAAAAGAGCUAAAGAAGUAGGAGACAAGCAUGGGGAGGGUUGUGCUCAUGGCAAUCUUGGCAGUGCUUAUCACCGUCUGGGCGAUUUCAAAAAAUCCAUGGAGUACCACAACCUAAGUCUUAAAAUAGCUAAAGAAGUAGGAGACAAGCAUGGAGAGGGUGGUGCUUAUGGCAAUCUUGGCAAUGAUUAUAUUGGUCUGGGUGAUUUCAAAAAGGCCAUAGAGUACAACAACCUACAUCUUAAAAUAGCUAAAGAAGUAGGAGACAAGCAUGGGGAGGGUGUUGCUUAUGGCAAUCUUGGCAAUACUUAUGACCGUCUGGGUGAUUUCAAAAAAGCCAUAGAGUACCACAACCUACAUAUUAAAAUAGCUAAAGAAGUAGGAGACAAGCAUGGGGAGGGUUUUGCUCAUGGCAAUCUUGGCAAUGCUUAUGACCGUCUGGGUGAUUUCAAAAAAGCCAUAGAGUACAACAACCUACAUCUUAAAAUAGGUAAAGAAGUAGGAGACAAGCAUGGGGAGGGUAACGCUUAUGGCAAUCUAAGCAAUGCUUAUGACCGUCUGGGUGAUUUCAAAAAAGCCAUAGAGUACCACAACGUACAUCUUAAAAUAGCUAAAGAAGUAGGAGACAAGCAUGGGGAGGGUAACGCUUAUGGCAGUCUUGGCAAUGCUUAUUGUAGUCUGGGUGAUUUUAAAAAAGCCAUAGAGUACUACAACCUAAUUCUUAAAAUAGCUAAAGAAGUAGGAGACAAGCAUGGGGAGGGUAACGCUUAUGGCAAUCUUGGCAAUGCUUAUGGCCGUCUGGGUGAUUUAAAAAAAGCAAUAGAGUACCACAUCCUACAUCUUAAAAUAGCUAAAGAAAUAGGAAACAAGCAUGGGGAGGGUAACGCUUGUGGCAAUCUUGGCAAUAUUUAUGGCCGUCUGGGUGAUUUUAAAAAAGCCAUAGAGUGCUACAACCUAAUUCUUAAAAUAGCUAAAGAAGGAGGAGACAAGCAUGGGGAGGGUGUUGCUUAUGGCAAUCUUGGCAGUGCUUAUAAAUGUCUGGGUGAUUUAAAAAAAGCCAUAGAGUACCACAACCUACAUCUUAUAAUAGCUAAAGAAGUAGGAGACAAAUUCUUGGAGGCAAUGGCCCACUUUUUAUUAGGAUGCGAUUUUGAGUUGCAAGGUGGACUGCCAAAAGCCGUUGAACAUUACCAAGCUAGCAUAAACUUAUUCAAUUCCUUGAGAGUACUUCUAAAAUCUAAAGAUGAGUGGAAAGUUAAUUUUCGAAAUCAGCAUCAAGUGGCGUAUACGGGUUUGUGGAGAGUUCUCGUAGAACAGGGUAAUGUAGAUGAAGCCUUAUUUGUUGCUGAGAAAGGACGAGCUCAAGCUCUGACCGACCUCAUGGAAUCCAGUUUUUGUGGUGGAACAAGUCACCACAAGGGAGAAGAUGAAGAUUGCGCAGUUUUAAAAAACGUUCCAUCAAACACUGUCUUUCAGGCAGUGGACGAAGCUAACGUCCAUCUUUGGGUUGUGUCCGAAGGAAAACAAGUUCAGUUAAGACAAAGUAAACUCAAAGGUUUUGUUUCAGAGAAUAGUGGAUCUAGCCUGUCCUUUGAGUCGUUCAUGCUCGGUGUCUAUACACAACUUGAUGUUCGUUCUAAUGUGAGAUGCGAGAAUCGAUCUUUAGAUGCUUUGAGGGAGGGCCGUUCAAAAGUGGAUGAGAAAAACAAAGAAGCCAAGCCUCAACCUCACAUCCAACAAGACGGAUACUUGAGCACUUUGUAUGAUAUCGUUAUGAAGCCGGUGGCUGACUUGAUUGAAGGGGAUGAGCUACUCAUUAUUCCUGAUGGACCCCUCUGGAUCGCUCCUUACGCUGCAUUGAAGGAUGGUAAUUCUAAAUACCUGUGUGAAUCGUUCACAAUCCGAGUCGCUCCAUCGUUAGCAAGUCUUAGACUCAUUGCCGAUUGCCCAGACGAUUAUCACAAAAGCAGUGGUGCGUUACUUGUAGGAGAUCCGUGGGUAUCCGAGGUUACUAACAGCGAGGGAGAGAAAGUCUUUGAGCAGCUUGAGUAUGCUAAAAAAGAAGUAGAAAUGAUAGGAAACAUUCUGAAUAUCACGCCACUCACUGGCAGUCAGGCCACGAAACGUGAGGUGUUGAGAAGACUCAGAUCCGUUUCCCUAGUUCACUUUGCGACCCAUGGAUGUAUGGAAACUGGUGAAAUUGCUCUUACACCUGACCCAGACCGAGUAUCUACUGUGCCAACGGAGGAGGAUUACAUUUUAACAAUUGGGGAUGUGUUGAAUGCUCAACUUCGGGCCAAACUUGUUGUGCUUAGUUGCUGCCACAGCGGCCGGGGCGAGAUCAAGGCUGAAGGUGUGGUUGGCAUUGCGCGCGCUUUUAUGGGGGCUGGUGCUCGGUCUAUUGUGGUGUCCCUGUGGGCGAUUGAUGACGAGGCUACUCUUGAGUUCAUGAAAUACUUUUAUCAACAACUUGCUGGAGGUAAACCAGCAAGCGAGUCACUGAACCUGGCCAUGAAAAGCCUCAGAGAAUCAGACAAGUUCUGCGACAUCAAACACUGGGCGCCCUUUUUGCUGAUUGGAGAUGACGUCACUCUUGACUUCAUAACAAAGGAAAGAGAAAAUUUGAAUAUGAAAUCACGUAAAUAA